UGCAAACUUUGCAAUACACAUCUGACAUCGGUGGUUUUACGUGGGAGAUAUCUUUUUGAUUACAUUGAUUAUUGAAAUGGAUAGAUAUCUUUGAUUAUUUAUUUAAAUAAUAAACGGUUUAUUAGGGAGUGAAGGCGGGCACAGAGAAGCUAAUGUCUUGUCUAUGCCCAACCAAUGUGGCGAAUUGCAGGCUGACCAACAAGCGUCAAGUGAUGGCGUUUUGUGAUGAACAUUUAUAAAUGGUUUAGACGUUUAAAUAAAUAACAGAGUGAAAUUGUAACAUAAAUUUAUCAUGAGUAGAUAUUACGAUUACGGUAACGCGAUAUCAUGUUGACAUGAAACAGUCGAACGUCAACAAUGGUUAAAACACGUUCUUCAGCGAGGGUAGUGAACGCUGCCCAGGGCGAGGCCACCGCAAAUGGAAACUCUACCGAUCUUAGACAACGGCUAAAAGCCUGUGACAAUAGACCACGUCAGCAAAAAAACUACACCUCUAGGAACAGCCAAGCGUUGUCUUCGGGCGGGCCCGGCAGCGCUCAGGGCAAGGAUCCCCUGGCCCCGGCGAUAUCGGGUUCGAGAGCCAUGUACCAACAUCCGGCCGUCAGCGGAUACAAUCCACAAGACUCGCGAUCACAGACCAUGCCCGGCACGGCGCGGCAGAACCCUUUGUACGCGGGCAGUAUGUACCACUACAGCGGCUCGGGCGCCACGCUGGCCCCCAUGCCGUCCCCGUCACCCACCGCGCCACUGCCGCCCUUCCCAGUGCAUCCUGACGUCAAGUUUAAGAAAUUACCUUUCUACGAUGUGUUGGCGGAACUGAUGAAGCCGUCUACAAUGAUGCCGAUGCAAGCUGGUCGCAUGCAGGAGGGCACCUUCAUCUUCCACCUCACGCCGCAGCAGGCCACUGAGAUAGCAUCAGGGAAAGACAUCGUUGGCACCAGCAAUAAACUCGAUUAUGUUAUACAGGCGCAAUUGAGGUUCUGCCUUCUAGAAACUUCAUGCGAACAAGAGGAUUAUUUCCCACCUAGUGUUAAUGUUAAAGUUAAUAAUAAGAUGUGUCCGUUACCAAACCCAGUACCUACUAACAAACCUACUCCGGAGCCAAAGCGGCCGCCGCGGCCUGUGAAUAUAUCGUCUCUCGUGAAGUUAUCUCCUACAGUAGCCAACACUAUCCACGUGACGUGGGCGGCUGAUUUCACACGAGCGUACGUCCUCAGCGUGUUCAUGGUCAGGAAGCUAACAUCAGCGGAGCUGUUGCAGAGGCUGAAGAAUAAGGGAACCAAGAACCCAGACUACACGAGAUCUUUGAUUAAAGAGAAAUUAUCAGAGGACUACGACAGCGAGAUAGCAACGACAUCCCUCCGCGUGUCCUUAAUGUGUCCGCUGGGAAAGAUGCGUAUGUCGUGUCCGUGUCGACCAGCGAACUGUCCGCACCUGCAGUGCUUCGACGCCUCACUCUUCCUUCAGAUGAACGAACGGAAACCCACGUGGCUCUGUCCCGUCUGUGACAGACCGGCGCCUUACGACUCUCUGGUCGUUGAUGGGUACUUCCAAGAGGUUCUAACGUCGCCUCGCCUGGCCAGCGAGUGUAACGAGAUCCAGCUUCACGCGGACGGCAGCUGGUCCGCCCACGCGCCCCCGCCCCGCGCCCCGCCGCCCGCCGCGCCCGCCGCCGAGCCCGUCACUCUCAUAUCCGACGACCUUGAAGUCAUACCCGUGGAUGGGAACAAUUCAGCCAAACGCGCAGCUGUAGGAGACAGUCGUACUCCAAAAACUGCUGAAGUAUUGGUCGAUCUGACAUCAGACUCGGAAGAUGAACUGCCACUUAAGAGGAAAAUACCACAACCGAAGAGCACCCCGCCAGCCUUAGAUAACAUUAAGACAGACGACAACUACACUACAUCCAGUGCGGAGGCGGUGACAUCUAGCGGCUACCGUUCCCCGGGCGGCGGAGCGGUCAUAUCCCUGGACAGCCCGUCUCCGCCCGCCCCGGCCUCCCCUCACACACACUCCCACGUUACCCACACGACACACACGACAUUAGACGCGGUGUCGCCGAGAUCGCUCUCUAGCGACAUAUGUACAAGUAACAACAUUGAACGCGAGGAAAACGACUCCGCGCCAACACACUGGGCACCGUAUGCUGACGCAGAGAGGGAAACACAUGACACAUACAGAAGGUACUGACUGAGGGAGAAGAGUGGCCGCCCUUACUAUGCCAGCGGCCAUUCUUCGGAAGAGGAACAGGACCAUUACCCUGAAGUGCCCCUGAUGCAGGCUUAAGCUUGAACCAUGAUGUACAAAAGUUGAACUCUUUUGCGCAAUUCUGUUCUAAAGUGAAUAUUUGGACCGAGGAAUAGAGAAUUGUGUUAAUUUAUCUCUUUAAACCUACAAAGACUUUGUGGUACGGGUUGGGUGUUUAAAAACAUUUUAUUGCAGCAUCCUGCGAUGAUAAAAUGAUAGCAUAUAUGAUAAGAUGGUGUUUUUUUUUUAUUUUAUACAAUGAAAGUCGUUUUGGAUGUGAAUUAUUUAAAGACAAGCUUCAAUUGUAAAAUCUUUGAAAUAUAUAUUAUGAUGUGUUUGUGUUUUGUCCUGAAAGAUGACUGGUCUCUUUAUUAAAUAUAUUGAAUAUGUAUCAAGCGAGCUCUGAUCGGAAAGAUAAUGUUUGUAAUGUGCACUUAUUGCUGUGAGAAAAGUUUGUAUUCAGCAUCGAAGGGAAUUGUUGCUUUAGUUCUCAAGAUUUGAAAUUUCUCAUCAAAUAUAAAAGUUAUUCUAAUUUAUUUAUUCUUAAGUAUUAGCAUAAUUCUAUUAGCAUAACUGAGAGGUCUUCAAUGAGAUCACAUUUCCAAAAUGUAGCACUAAAGAAUAAGAUAAUGUAGAAUAACAAUAAAUGUAAAUACGAAUUCUCUCCUAAA